AUGAGACUUGGUGAAAUUGAACAAGUUCUUGAACGCUACAAUAAUCACUUUGGUAGAAUUUCAUCCGAAUUUGAUUCAAUUAAUGAAUCUAUCACAACAUUCCAAAACCUAUUUAAUCAACGUCAUGCAAUCAUCCAAAGAAUCGAACAAGAUCAGCAAAGUGAAAUGAACCUAUCUGAAGAUUCUUCCAAUUCACACAAUUCCUCUAUUAAUUCUUAUUCUCCUAAUUCCUCUGCUAGUUCUUCAGAACCAUUAGAUAUUCUUUGUGGUGCGUCUGCAGUUUACCUAACAAUAGAAAACGACACUUUACCUCCUCUCGAGAAUGUAAGAGAUAUAGUAGAUCGUGCAGUGAAUUCGUCCUUAUUAAAAAUAGAAGAAAAUGAACGAAAAACAAAAGUCUUGGAAGUAUUAUCUCAAGUUAGUGGAUAUAUUAGCGUUCGGGGUUUGAAAGCAUUCAAUGUGUUAAAUAUGGAAAGAGAACUUCCUCUGGAUUACACUCGUGAGAAGAUUGAAGAGAAUAUUAUUAAUUUAAAAUACAAGCUUGAGCAUCCUAGAUCGGAAGUUGAUAUAAAUCUUUACGGUUCGCUCAGGCAAGCUCUCGAAAAUAUAAAUUCUUCAGAACUUACAUGGCGGGACCCUGAAGCGAGUAUGGUUCUUAGCGAUGAUUCGGAUAUAGUAAAAAACUUGCAACCUAGACAGAAGAAUGUUUUCUUGGAACCGCGAGAAAAUAUGAAAUGUAUUAUUCCUGAAUCGAUCAAAGCAAAAUGUAAUGAAUUUGUAAGUGGCUUUAAUAAUUCGAAUACAUUACACGAUACUAGAAAUAUUUUUCACGACAAAAGUUGGAAAGAAAGUGAGAGUAAGUUGAUGGAAAUUACCGGGCGUAUUCUUAGUACACUUGGCGAGAUAUGGAGUAACCCUGCAUUCACGAGUAGCGUAUCACGUAGUGAACAGAGUCCAGAUGAUUUUCCGGAAGUUGAGUUAAGUGAAUCUACCAUAACUCCUAUCCCUUCUGCUCAUAUCUCUAAAUCUUCAGGUCUAGGCGAUUUGCCAAAAACUCAGGGGUUUAACUCAGAUUUCUCUGACAAUGAUGAGGUAAAUAAUUGGAGUGCAACGUACUCUGAUAACGAUGAUGAGGCAGG